CUCUCUACACCAUUAAAGCCACGGAACCAAUUCCGACGCGACGUCUGGAUUGUUAAUUAAUUAAUAAAUUAUAAUAAUUGUUGUUUACAAUAACAUUACGGAAAAUGGCGUCGAUCACAUUUGUUUUUGCGGUAAACUUUCUUUUGGUGUGUUUCGUGCAGUUAAGUUAUUGUGGUACAGUUAUAAAGAUGCCCGCAGGUUGUGAGGACAAGCAAUACUGUGAAAUAAAACCCAACAAUUUCCCUCAGGCCCAUUUCGAUGAAGUAAUCAGAGAUAUGCAAGAAAAAGAGCUGUUGAAGCCGCAACGCUACGACGAUGAGCUCAAGGAACGGACUUACCACGACGAGUUCAAUUGUGAUACCAGAGUUAAGGUAAUUCGGCCGUUCAUAAUCAGGACCAACGCCACGAUGAAGUUUGUGCUUCAAACCAACAUAUUUGAGCAGAGGAUCAAGCAAACAGAAUGCCUAAACCAAGGCUCAGAGUGUUUCAAGGGACUAGCUGGAUUGGGGUACGCUGCUUCAUGCACCCCUACUAUCGGAACCAUCAAGAUGUAUUUAUACGACCCUCUGGUAGCUGACGAAAAGGAAAGGCUUCAGUAUGAGGCUGUCAGUUUCCCAGCGUGCUGCUCUUGCAGUUUUAAGAGCAGAAUUUAGAUUUGGAAACAUGCUGAUUACUUUAGAACAAGUCAAUUAUAUUGCAAGUGACGGAGAGUUCUUGAAUAGGUACGCCUUCGAGCCUAUUUUGAUGAUCAAUGUCUGAUGUUAAAUGCACAUAAAGUCUGCAUAAAGGAUGGGACCUGCUUACCUGAUAAAUGCCUACUUUUGGCUUGAAAGGCCCGGCAGAUGAGUUCCACUACGCAAGGAAAAAUACACGCUGCGUGUAGGUGGGAUGUCGAAAGUUUUCGGAUCUACCGCUUUCGCUCUUGCAAACUUCUUGGGUCAGAGAAUGGAAAAGGAUGCAAUAGUUGUAUCACAAUGCUGUGCUUCGAGAAGUUAUCCUUAAAGAUUUUUGGCGACAUUUUGCGUACAUGCAAAGACGCAUGUAGCGCACUAUUUCGAACACUGAAACGGAUGUCUAAUGAUGAAAAGUUGUGUUUAAUUACAAAAAAGGGUUCCGUAGCAGCAAAUAUAAUAAACUUAUUA